AUGAUUGUCACAGACUUAUUUUGGGCACAGCCUGUCAGUUUAGAUUUGCUCCGUUCAUUUCCAAAGGUGUUGAUCAUAGACUGCACAUAUAAGACAAAUCGAUAUCGUCUUCCUCUUCUUGAGAUAGUUGGAGUGACAUCCACUGAUAUGUCAUUCUUCGUAGCCUUUGCAUAUCUCCAAUUUGAGCGGAUUGAUAACUACGUUUGGGUGUUAACUACAUUGCGUAGUCUCUUGGAUGGCAUUUCUAUUCCUGAGGUGAUUGUUACGGACAGGGAGCUUGCUUUGAUGAAUGCUAUUGAUAGGGUAUUUUCUACAUCUCGACAUUUAUUAUGCCGAUGGCAUAUUAGUAGAAAUGUACUGGCGAAAUGCAAGAAAAUGUUUAAGAGUAAGGAGGAAUGGGACAAGUUUAUCUCUUUAUGGAAUUUCUUAGUACUCUCCUCAACUGAGCUUGAAUACAAUGAACAUCUUGCUAGGCUACUUACGGAUUUUGAUACAUAUCCUGAGGCAGUGCAAUAUGUGUCACAAAGUUGGUUAAUUCCAUAUUUUACAACCAAUAGGGCUGAAAGUGCACAUGCAAAACUGAAACGGCAACUUGGUUCUAACCAAAUAAAUUUUGAGUGUUCUUGGACCAAGAUCCAUAGUUUGUUUGAGUUGCAGCAUGUUGAUAUUAAGGCAUCGUUUGAGAAGAGUUUAACCAUUGUACAACACCAGUUCAAACCAUCCCAUUUUAGAGAGCUCCGAGGCAAUAUCUCUAUUACUGCAUUAGAUCAUGUCUUAGCGGAGAGUAAGCGAGCGAAUGAUGUUGGCAUUGAUGCUUUAGUAUGUGGAUGUGUUGUUCGACGAACACACGGGUUACCGUGUACCCAUGAGAUUGCGGAUUACAUCCGACAGGGUCGUCCAAUACCACUUGAUAGCAUUAACCCACACUGGAGGACUCUUGAGUUGGAAAUUCUGCAUAAGUUAGGAGAGAUUGCAGAUCCGCAAAGUAGUUUUCUCAUUGAGCCGGAUGUGAAGCCCAACCCUCGAGGUAAGGGACAUAAGAAGAUAGAUGUAUCUACGUAUCGAGACCCAUGUGCAUUUGAGCUAGUUCAGUCUGGACAUGAUAGCCACUCACCUAUGGGCACCCAGAUCCCCACACAAGAUUCUGUCAAAGUACAUAAAAAACGGCCUGCCAAAGAGCAGCCUUACAUACGUCUUAUCGAGGAUGUAGAUGCCGAUGGCAAUUGCGGGUUUAGGGCCAUUGCUGGCUUGAUGGGGCUUACAAAGGCUGAAUGGGUUCAAGUCAGGCGUGAUCUCCUACAGGAAUUGCACACACACAUAGACCAUUACACUCAUCUAUAUGGUUCACAUGACAGGAUUAAAGAGCUGACCCAUAUUCUAUCAUACUUUGAGCCCAAUCCAGGGUAUCACCGUUGGAUGAUUAUGCCUGACAUGGGUCAUCUUAUUGCAUCUUGUUAUAAUGUGGUGUUCAUGUUACGGGGUCAUCCAGUUCCACCGAUAGCUACCAAUUGGUGCAAGUUUCGUCAUUUUUGUGCAGCUGGAUAUGAUACUGCAUAUAGUCGUCGAAUUGAGCAUUUUAAAGAAGUUAUUCAUUCAGGGGUAGCUACUAGAGAGACAUUUGAUUGUAUUAACCUUGAUGAGUAA